AUGGCCACCGCUGCACCCAGCGAGGCCGCCGCCAACCUCACCAACGGCACUACGAACACCACCCCCCCUCCUCCUCCUCCGCCGCCGCCCUCCACCCUCCGCCCCCUGCGGCACGUCUACACCGCGCACGACACGCACGCCAACACCGCCAUCUUCACCAAGAUCCGCCCCGGCUCGCCCACCCCCCACGACGACGGCCGCCUCGCCAUCGACGACGUCUACGCCGCCUCCACCCUCUCCGGCGCGCCCGGCCGCGUCCGCCCCGUCCACCACCACCACAGCCCUCCACACUAUCACGACGAUGAGUACGGCGGCGACAGCAGGCGGAGCACCGCGAGCGGGGUCCUCUCCGCCGGCGUGGCCAGCCCCGGCGGCGGCACCGUCUGCCGCGUCGUCGACAUAGCCCCGGGGCACGAGUGCGCGACACAGCGCGGCGCCGCUGCCUCUAGCUCCAGCGAGGACGACAGCGGGGGCGGAGGGAGCAGGGUCGGGAACACAGGCGGCGGCGGCGGCGGGGGAGCCAUGAACAUCGACUACGCCAUCGUCGUGGAGGGCGAGGUCACGCUGCGGCUCGACUCGGGCGAGGAGACAGUCCUGGGGAGGGGCGACGUGGCGGUCCAGCGCGCGGGGAGGCACCUGUGGAGGAACGCAGGCGCGACGGAGUGGGCGCGCAUGGUGCUCGUGCUGCAGGACUGCCGGGCGCCGUCGAGCGGCAUAGACGGGGAGGGCAUGCAGUUUCGGUAG